CUUUUAAAACAAAAUUUUAGGGCCCGCCCAUCAAGCUAGCCAUGGCUGAAAUUGUGGAGAUGGAAGAGCUCGGGAAAGAGCCUGACCCUCAAAAAUCCACCACAACAGAAUCCACUGCCGCAGAAGAAGUCGUGUCACUUCAGGAUAGUAACGAUGAGAUUUUGGAGAAGACAUGGGAAGGAUUUCCCGUGUACAGAGAAGUGGAGGAGGAAAGAGGAGGAGGAAAGCUCCAAUUUCUGGUGGAUCGAUUCCUACCUCAGCCUAUACGGAACUCACUCAAACCUCCAACCAAUAAGAACGAGUGGAAGAGAUUUCUUUAUGUUCAUUUGCCUAUAGUUCACUGGGUCAUAUCUUAUACUCCAAAGUAUUUGAUAGGUGAUGUUAUUGCUGGACUAACUAUUGGAGUAGCUCACAUACCAAUGGGCAUUGGGUUUUCUCUGUUGGCAUUCCUCCCACCUUCAUAUGGUCUCUACUCUUCAUACAUUCCUGUUUUAUUAUAUGCAAUAUUUGGGACAUCAAGACAUCUCUCAGUCGGUACAUUUCCUGUGGUAGCGUUGAUGACUGGACAAGCUGUUGAUACUUUAACUCAUUCUUUAUGCGAAGGGAACGCUACAAUCCUAAUGAAUGACGAAAGUGAUCCAUGCUCACUCAAUGCCUGUUUUACUGAGAGAAUUAAUGUAGCAAUUACGCUAAGCUUGAUGGUUGGAAUCUUUCUACUAUUGAUGAGUCUUUUAAAGUUGGGUGUCAUUUCAUUGUUUCUCUCUGAUGCUCUCAUUAGUGGCUAUACUGCAGCAGCUGCCUUCACUAUUCUAAUAACACAGCUUGCGCCAUUGCUUGGUGUUAGUGAUAGUUCUGUUGUUCCUGGCCUUUUUGUCACUCCUAGACGUUUUUUCAAAAUUAUGGCUAGUCUGUUUAGUUGGAAAGUAUCAGUCCCAGCUAUCGUCACGUCAAUUAUCUCGUUAAUUAUUUUGAUUGUUUUUGAUCUGAUUAAUCGUUUUUUAAAGAAGAAAGUUACUAAAAUCUCCAUAUACAUUCCCGGCCAACUCAUCGUGGUAAUACUAGCUACUGGCAUAUCUUAUGGAGCUAAUAUAACUGAUCUGCCUACCAUUGAAGAUGCUGGUGGUAUAUUGCCUGCUCAAUGUUACACUCCCAAGCUUCCAGUUGGCAGACUCAUUGGGGAUGUCGCUAGUGAAGCUUUCAUUAUUGCCGUCAUUAGUUUUGUCAUUAACAUUUCUCAAGCUAAACUUAUGGCACAGAAAAACUCUUAUUCAAUCCACCCUGACCAAGAGUUGUUUGCUUAUGGUAUUAUGAACAUUGGUGGAUCUUUAUUCAGGAGUUUCCCUACAGCUGGUGCUCUGAGCAGAACUGUCCUGCAGGAUUUAACCGGAGGGAAAACACAGCUUGUCAGCAUUAUUGCAUCAUUCAUUGUAUUACUGGUCAUGUUAGCUAUUGGGUUUUUGUUUAAUUCAUUACCUAAUGCUGCUGUUGCAGCAAUUGUUGUGAUGGCACUAAAAGGUUUGUUCUUACAAGUGAGAGAUAUAAGAAGGUACUACUACAUCCACUGGCCUGAUAUGCUUGUGUGGCUAGUGGUUUUCUUAUCUACCCUUAUCAUUGGAUUGGAUCUUGGAUUAGGAAUUGGAAUAUUCUUCAGUCUUUUUACUAUUAUUGUCAGAACUAUACUUCCAUACUCUCCUCAUUUGGGUGAGGCUAAUCAAUGGUCCUACCCCAUUGACACUGCUGACAAUGAAUAUGAUGAAAACGACUUUAAAGUUAGGUCUAUUCCUGGUUGUUACAUAUAUCAGUUUAAUGCUCCAAUUUAUUUUGCUAAUUGCAACGUAUUCCGUUCAAGAUUAUACAUAGAGUGUGGUAUCAGUACUCAAAGCAUAGGGGAAGAGCCAAAGGGAUGCUUUGAGCAAUGCUAUGACAAGUUUAAAACUAAUUCAUCUGAUAGUUUUUCUCCCUCACGACUUCAAGAAAAAGAAUUUGAUAAUGUUUGUAUUGUCGAUUCACCUGAUCAUGAUGCUAAAAGCACUAAUGAUAGUGAUACUAAGUACCAGAAGACUUAUGAUGAGCCAUCAGUAGGACGCUACCAGACAGUUAUUAUCGACUGUGCACCGAUUGGGUUUGUUGACUCAAUGGGGAAAGCUAUGAUUGAAAAGGUCGUAUGUGAACUAAACUCUUUUAAUAUCCAAGUGCUCCUUGCUUCUCCAUCUACCCCAUUUUGUGAGUCAUUGAAGAAUUACGGGUUCUUUGACAGGUUCUCAUCAAGAUGCUUGUUCCCAUCAGUAGCUAGUGCUGUGCUGUUUGCUAAGGGAGGACACAGGGUGCCUAAGAUUGAUAAUGCCAAACCUAUCAGCAAGAAGUUGGUUGGUAACUUCGAGCGUAUUCUUGAACGAUCCAAACGCUUUGGAAUUGUUGAAAAGAUAUUAACUUCGACAACAAGGAAUAAUGAUAAGGAAUAAUUCUAAACUAUAGCGGCAAGAAAGUUUUAUUUUUCAAGUUUUUAUUAUUUUUAUUAAAAACUGAUUGUCAAGUUUUUAGUUUUAUAUCCAUUCCUUUACAUUGAUAGAGCACACAUGUGCACUAGAUAUAAUUGUAGAACUGAUAACCAAUUCUCUAAAGUAAA